AUGGCUUCAUCAUCUACUGGAGCUUCACACAAUGGGACAUCAGUUGCGUCUAACAUAUCGCAGUAUACCAUUGAACGCGCAAAUCGCACACGUUUUGCUAUCGAGAACUUUUAUGCUCAAUCUAUUUCUCAGUAUCAAGAACGAGCAAACAGAUUAAAACGUUUAGAAGAACAAAUGAAUGCCGAUGGAUUAUCUGAAGCGGAAAAGAAAGAACGGCGUAAGAUCCAUAUGGCUAAGGAGACAGAUCACCUUCGUUCAAAAAGAAUCAGAUUAUCUGUCGAAGACUUUACAUCUUUGAAAGUUAUUGGAAGAGGAGCGUUUGGAGAAGUUAGGCUUGUACAGAAGGUCGAUACGGGACACGUUUAUGCAAUGAAGAUUCUCAAGAAGACAGAAAUGUUAGAGAAGGAACAAACAGCCCAUGUUCGAGCAGAACGCGAUAUUUUAUCUGAAGCAGAUUGUGAGUGGGUUGUUAAGAUGUAUUUUUCGUUCCAAGACCCACUUAAUCUUUAUCUUGUCAUGGAAUUUUUGCCAGGAGGUGACAUGAUGACUCUUUUGAUCAAGAAGGACACGCUGUCGGAAGAAAUAACGAGGUUCUAUAUUGCGGAGGCAGCUUUGGCUAUACAGGCUAUUCAUAAUUUGAAUUUUAUUCAUCGAGAUAUAAAACCAGACAAUCUUUUACUGGAUGCAAAAGGCCACUUGAAAUUGUCGGAUUUUGGUCUCUGCACUGGACUGAAGAAAAUUCAUCGUACAGAAUUAUACAGAAAUUGGCCCAGUCAGCUGCCGAAAGAUUUUGUCACGAAACCUUUUGAGUCUAAGAGGAAGGCGGAAACAUGGAAAAGAAAUCGGAGAGCAAUAGCCUAUUCUACUGUCGGCACUCCAGACUACAUCGCUCCCGAAAUAUUUCAACCGAACGGAUACACAAAAUCUUGCGACUGGUGGUCUUUGGGGGUUAUUAUGUAUGAGAUGUUAAUUGGAUACCCACCAUUUUGCUCUGAAACUCCACAGGAAACGUAUAGGAAGGUUAUCAACUGGCAACAGACACUUAUUUUCCCUCCUGAAAUGGCAAUAUCCGUUGAUGCUAAAAUGACAAUAAAGAAAUUCUGCUCAGAAGCUGAACAUCGUUUGGGACAUAAUGGCGGAAUUGAUGAAAUUAAAGCCUGUCCGUUUUUUAAGGGAGUCGAUUGGAUCAGUAUUAGAAAAAUGCCGGCCCCUAUUCGGAUCGAAGUUAAAAGUAUUGAUGACACAUCUAAUUUCGAUGAAUUUCCUGACGCUGAUAUGCUCAUUCCUGCGUACAAACCGGAUAUAGCGGGGGCUAAGCAGCAGCUAGAUGAUAAAGGGCCAUUCUCAAAUUAUACUUAUAAAAGGUUUGAAGGACUUACUCAAGGCCGAAAUUACGGUGAAUGCGUCCAGAGCGCGUUGAGCACCUUCGACUUGGAGCCAAACCGUCGACCGGGUGAUUCUAGUUCCGCACCUUUGGGACAGCGAAAUCAGUUUACUGAACUUUGA